UUGUUGUUGCAACAGAUUUCAAUAAAGAAAAACAAGGGAAAAAAAGAAGGGUAUUUCUUGGUAUUUUUGAGUAAUAGUUUCUUUUCUGGGAAAUGGCUUCCAUUGGCAGUUCUUCCUCACCUUUCUUGAUCGAAAGGAAUAGAAAAAGCAAACCUUUUGUUUUCUCAAGUUUUAGGUCAAGAAAGAUCGAAACUUUGCCUGUUUUUGAUGGUUUAAAAUGUGGGGUUUCCUUGAUUUGUAGAUUUAAGCCUGUUAGAGUGGCUGGUUCUGAUGAUGAUCUUGGUCAUGGUGAUAGCUCAGAUGAUACAUUUCAGGAUACUGUUGAGAAGAGCAAGAAGAUUCUUGCAAUGCAAAAAAACCUACUUCAGCAGAUUGCAGAACAAAGGAAAUUGGUUUCAUUGAUAAAAAGUAGUGUUGCUGGCCGAGAUGAAGACGAAGAUGUUGAUAAACAGGGGGAUAGCUCUCUUCCCGAUCCAGACCUUGCUUCUAGCAGCUCUGACGGGGCGGAUGAAGGCGAAAACAGUAGCAUUCCUUCAGGCAGUCGAGUUGAUUCAGCUACAACAAAUGUAUCGGGGAUCCUACCUUCAGAUGAAGUUGGAGAGGAAUCCGAACUAUAUUUGCCCCCCGAAAAGGCUUCCUCUACUAUAGGUUCUAUCGAACAGUUGAAAACCAAUGAUUCUAAAGCAUUUAAGUCUGAUGCGCUUCCUCUUCAUCUCUCAAGUUCAUCAGACAAAGCCCAUGUUACAGAUGAAGAGAAUGAAAACUUGACUGAAGCAGUCCUGAAAGAGGCUGCUGAGGUAGAUGAUUCCACCGUUGAAGAUGAAACCCCCCUGCCACUAGCUGGUGCAAACGUCAUGAAUGUUAUAUUAGUAGCUGCAGAAUGUGCUCCGUGGUCUAAAACCGGUGGGCUCGGAGACGUUGCCGGUUCUUUGCCGAAGGCGUUGGCUCGACGUGGACAUAGGGUUAUGGUUGUGGUACCUCGAUAUUCUGAUUAUGCCGACUCUCAAGAUAUCGGAGUUCGAAGGAAGUAUAAGAUAGAUGGUCAGGAUAUGGAAGUAUCCUACUGCCACGCUUAUAUCGAUGGUGUGGAUUUUGUUUUCCUGGAAAGUGCCGUUUUUCGCCAUAUGCAGAAUUACAUAUACGGAGGAAACCGUGUGGAUAUUUUGAAGCGCAUGAUAUUGCUUUGCAAAGCAGCAGUCGAGGUUCCAUGGUAUGUUCCGUGUGGGGGUGUCUGCUAUGGAGAUGGAAAUCUGGUUUUCAUCGCUAAUGAUUGGCAUACCGCCUUGUUGCCGGUGUACUUGAAGGCGUAUUAUCGGGACAAUGGUUUGAUGUCCUUCACAAGAUCCGUUCUUGUUAUCCAUAACAUUGCUCACCAGGGUCGGGGACCUGUGGAGGAUUUCAAAUACAUCGAUCUACCGGGACACUACGUCGACCUUUUCAAGUUAUACGACCCGGUAGGAGGUGAUCACUGCAAUAUCUUUGCGGCUGGACUAAAGGCAGCCGACCGGGUGGUCACUGUUAGCCAUGGAUAUGCUUGGGAGGUUAAAACUUCUGAAGGUGGUUGGGGUUUGCAUGGGAUCAUAAACGAAAAUGACUGGAAACUGAGGGGAAUAGUCAAUGGAAUCGAUACGACUGACUGGAAUCCGGAGUACGAUAUCCACCUCAAGUCAGAUGGUUAUGCUAACUACUCCUUGGAAACAUUGAAAACCGGAAAACCUCGAUGCAAGGCCGCCUUACAGAAGGAGCUAGGCCUUCCGGUUCGUGACGACGUCCCACUGCUCGGCUUUAUAGGGAGACUGGAUCAACAAAAAGGUGUCGAUCUGAUCGCCGAGGCGAUUCCUUGGAUGAUAGGCCAGAAUGUCCAGUUGGUCCUGUUAGGCACCGGCAGACCCGAUCUCGAACAGAUGCUUAAACAGUUUGAAAACCAACAUCCCGACAGGAUAAGGGGAUGGGUGGGGUUCUCGGUAAAGAUGGCUCACCGUAUAACGGCCGGUGCCGAUAUUUUACUCAUGCCGUCGAGAUUCGAACCCUGUGGACUAAACCAGCUGUAUGCUAUGAGCUAUGGAACGAUCCCGGUUGUCCACGCGGUCGGCGGAUUGAGGGACACGGUGCAGCAAUUCGAUCCGUUCCAAGAGUCCGGGCUCGGGUGGACGUUCGAUCGCGCCGAAACGAACAAGUUGAUACAUGCGCUAGGGAAUUGUUUGUUGACACACAGGGAGUAUAAAACAAGCUGGGAAGGGCUGCAGAUAAGGGGAAUGAAGCAAGAUCUCAGCUGGGACAAUGCUGCCGAGAAGUACGAGGAAGUUCUUGUUGCUGCCAAAUACCAAUGGUGAGACCUGGGAAUGAUUUUCACAAAUAUUUUCGGGUGAAAAAUAAAGCCGAAAAUUGUUGUACUCUUAUCGUGUUCGUGUUCGUGUUCGUAUUAUCUUUUUCGUGUGAUGUUGCGUGAUACAAUUUUGGAUAUCGAACACCGAUCGUAUUAUGAAAUGGACAUUUUUGUUUCUAAGGGA